GUACCUGAGGAGAGUUUCUGUCUUCUUGCUGCUCUCCACGUGGAUGUUGCCAAGACGAGCGCCAAUGUUUGAUGUAACAACAGCAGCGCCUCUGCAGCCAUGGGACUGUCCUGGUAGGCCUAUGCAAAACACAAAACGCAACGAAACGAAAGGUUACAAACAUAAGACUCGAGAAACUUAAUACAAGACGAGUUUACCUGCAUCUUCUGUUUGUUUCGAUAGGUCUAACAUUUACGCAUGUGCAAAACUGAGCAAAUGUGGCACAUAACAAUGUUAAACUUCUUAAAAUCUGUUAAAAUAUCUAGAACACCAGUAAAAACAAACGUUUGGUUAUUUACAUUUAAUAUACAUUAUUGAAAUAUUUUAGCACAGUGUAGACUGACAGAAUCUCCCCAGAGAUAUCACAAGAAGUACAGAGAUUUCUGGCCGGUCCAUGUAAGGUAAUGUUACACAAAGUCCCUAUCAAUGAAUAUGUUCUUCUGUGUCAAAUACAGGUGUAACUUACACCACUGCACAAAACUACAUGGGACUGCUGCUCUAAUGAGGUCCACCUGGAUGUUCCUGCUCUUAUAUAAUUUCAGAUGGAGUAGACAAGUCCUGCAAAACAACAUAUAUAGACCUAGGCUAAAACCAUAAUUGUAAGAAUAGUCAUAAGUUGUGUGGAUAUUUGCCUUGCAUUUGACCCAGCCUUUGACUAAUGCUUCUGGCCAGCCAACAAAUGGGUAAGAGUAGCUUGCUGGACGGUUACUAGGCAUGUAUUUGGGUUGUUCUCCAUACAAAGAACAAGUAGACUCCACUCCACAGGCUCUCGGCCACUGUUCAGUGUUGGAAAGGGCUCAACUUAGAGGCACAUUCACAUUCUUCCUCAAGUGAAAGCCAAACAAUACUGUUUACUAAAGUCAAGAUUCUUAACUUCAUCAUUAUCACUGAAACAUUCUGAACAGUUUAUUAUGCUCUAAAAGUAGCUGUCGCCUUGCUUGACUCAUGGGUCAUUAUAGGCUGCUCCAAAUUCUCCAAAUUGUAGAUAUCUCCAGAGUCCUAAUAUCCAUGUCCCAUGUCCCAUAUUUGCCGAUAAAUGGUGUGUCCUUAUCUGAGCUCACACAGGAUUGUCUUUCUGGAGCAGGUGGCAGGGUUUGGCAUUUGACUGUCAGUGCUGUUUUGCUCUAUCAUUCCUCUCAGUGUUCUCUGCUUCCAGUAAUUACUACAGUCAUCAAUUCAUCCUAAUAUAGCUUAAGUGCUGACAUAGCUAAUCCAGUUAGCGUGAUUUGAUUAUCAAGAACAUUGGCUACUAUCACACCUCCAGAGUGUAAUAAGCCAUUGUGGUGCAGCCUUGUCCUUUUACUGGCCUCAACAUCUCAGCACUGAUGGAUUACAGCACACUUGAUAGAUUGCACUUUUUCUUGGCUUUUUCUUUGGUUACAACAGAUUCAUAGAUGUUGCACAAUAUGCAUUUUGAAACAAUCUGGAUGUUUUUGGAGUACAAAAUGAAGUUCAUUCCUAAGAAAUGAAGUUAUACUUUGGCAGCACGCCACCCCAAGUGAAGACCACAGAACAGCUCAAAAAGGUACGAGAUGCAGAUGUCCAUUUUUAAAUGUGCAUGUGUUUCUGCUUAAACAUGACUGUGGUAAGUCAGUGUGUAGUGUGGUGUUGCAACAACAUCCUGUCCCUGAAUUAUUUGUUAUGUGUAAAAUAGUGCAGGCGAGAUACAGGACUGAUGCAUAACUCGCGCUGCACUUCCUGGGAGCUCUCUUGGGUAGAUAGAGACAGAUCUAAAUCUGGCGACAGUGAGACAGAGAUGUCAUACACUGUGUAGCUAUUAAGUGCAGUGACAGGAUACAAGAUACAACAUAAUGCAUGAUUCUUAUCAUUCAGAGUAUUGAGGGUAUAGUAGAUCGGAUCAAAGCCCUGGAGGUGUAAAUGGCUCUGUUUCUGUGUGAGGCAGGAGAUAUUCUUCCUCUUAAUAUAGGCCUUCAUAUAAAUAAGCUUUGAGGCCACAGGUGCAUGCUUGGUAUUUGUAGUAAAGUACAAAUACGGUUUGUACCUGAUGACCCGGUGUGACCUUUGAGCCUGUGCUCUAUUCAAAGCUCAGUGAAUGUGAUUGUUUUCCAAUGAGCAGGUUACACCUGAGUGAGCAAAAGCCACCAAACGAGACCCCACUUAGGCCCAAGUGUUUGUUUUUCCUUUCUUUUCUUGUUUGUGCUGAACCAGGGGAGAGCUUUCUACACUGGCCACACUGAAACUCACAGGAUGACAGUCGGGCCACAUCAUCCGUCACUAUUCAUCUUUGCGACAGCUGAAAUCACAGCCUUCGCCGCAGUGUGGGGGAGAGGCUGCUGGGUGAGAGCCAGACCGAAAUGGACAAUGCUUGCCUGACUGGUGUGAUGCAGCGUUGAUUAUUGUGUGUGCGUGUGUGCGUGUGUGUGCUGUGGGAAGGAGUGAAGGAGGGGGCUGAGGCUGUGUUUUUGUGUGUCAGGCGUAUUCCUGCUCGUCUCGCUCCACCACUUAAGUUGGAUUCGGAGCAGUCAGUGGCACAGAGGUGGUCGUCCUAUCGCAGCCCUACCAAAGAAGCAACUGUCAUUUGGUUGAGCAGCUCAGGAGCUACCAAGGCCCUCGCCCAAGGCCCGUAUUAGUCAACGCAGACACACCCUGCUGCCAAGGCCUCCUUCUCAUUACUCCUCCUCUGACUCUAAAACAAGAUGAAGAACGUAACCUCAGGAGCAGAGAGUGAUGGAAUAAAUCUGACAUGUGGAUUGUCUGGGAAUCACGACUUCAUCUUCACCAUGGUACCAAUCGUCUAUGGUUGCAACUUUAUUAUAGGCAUUGUGGGAAACAGCAUGGUUGUGGCUGUCAUAUACUGUUACAUGAAACUCAAAACAGUGGCCCACAUUUUUGUGCUCAACCUGGCCAUUUCAGAUCUCACCUUCCUCAUCACCUUGCCUAUGUGGGCCACGAUGACUGCCACAGGCUACCAAUGGCCCUUUGGAGCAUUCCUGUGCAAAGCCGCUGCAGCUCUGGCCAGCUUUAACCUCUACACCAGCAUCUUCUUCCUCACGGCACUCAGCAUCGACCGCUACCUGGCCAUAGUGCAUCCUGUGAGUUCGCGGCGGUUCCGCACAGUGCUGUAUGCUCGCAUCACAUGUGUGCUCAUCUGGCUGUUUGCUCUGCUGCUCAGUGUGCCCAUUGCCCUCACCAGAGACAUUCACAACAUUAACAACGGGAAUCUGACGGUGUGUGCCAUCUUGCACACCACCAAGGACAACGUGCAGAGCCUGGAGCAGGUGCUGCUGGCCAACAGCCUGAUGAAGACCCUGCUGGGCUUUCUCAUACCCUUCAUCAUCAUCAUCACCUGUUACUGCCUGAUCGGUAGAGCUCUACUUGGGGCCAGGCACAUCCAGAAGAGCUCCCAGUCCCGGGACGAUGAGGUGCUGCGCAUGCUAGCCGCCGCUGUCCUGGCCUUCUUUGUGUGCUGGGUGCCUCACCAGAUAUUCCACUUCAUGCAGCUCCUGACCCAGCUUAAAAAGACCGACUGUCGCAUACUGGAAAUCAUUGACACUGCCAUGCCCUUUACCAUCUGCAUUGCCUACUUCAACAGUUGUGUUAAUCCCAUUGUGUACGGAUUUGUUGGCCGUAACUUCCGUAAAAACCUGGUGCGUCUGCUGCACUGUGCACCCGCUAGUGUCCGUGGAGCUCACCCAAGCAUCAGCUCCAAAAUGAGUGCUCUGUCCUUCAGAGCCUCAGAGGCACUCAGUCUGACAGUCAAAAACAAGUCUUCUUCUGACAUUAAAUGAUAAGUCAAGUGAGUUUACCUCUCCUCACUGCAGUGCAUCUGGUAAAGAGGCGGGGAGAUCUUCUAUGAAAGCCCCACUGACUCUUGCUGAGUGACUGUAUUGUUCUUUCAUAGACAUUUACUACAUUAUACAAUGUUAUUGUUGUCUGUGAGCUGUGUCAUUGAAACAUAUUAGACAAGUCACAUUUAUGCUGGCAAACGUUCUCCUUUAAGCCUGUGGAAUAAAUGUUAGUAGACCUUAAAUACAUGUACAGUUCCCUGCUACACAGUGUUUAGAUCAAAACCACAUAAACCUCAUAAAACCUGUUCUUAUGUGCAGCAUUAUUUGAUGGCACCCAGUCUUUGUAGUUCAGUGACGCUAUACUCAUUGUGCACAAUUGUAUCAUGUCCAAUUAUUAACAAAAAAGAGAGAAUUUAUCAUGUAGUCAUAAUUCUCACUCAGGCAGUUCUGUGGACAUUUGUUAAGUGUGUUGUUUCAAGUUGAAAACAUUCAGUAGUAUGUGUGAUAUGAAGGAUUUUGUUCUUGUUAAUAUUGUUAUUUGAUAUAUACUAUAUAAAAAUACAGUGAAAAGUAUCAAUUGUCAUGUGUAAAUAAGUUGUUAAGUGGAUGUUUUUUUCGUGGUGGUUGUAUUUGUGCUAUUUAAACAUGUUGAAAAUCUUUUUUUUUAUUUUCUACUCUGAAGUGUACAACAGAAAAAGUCAUUAGACAUAUGAAUAAAAUGU